UCGCAUUUCAGUCGGCAUUUUAUCUUGGUAUCGUGAGGACGUGUUUCUUUAACGUUACUUAACAUCCGUUGAUGUGACACGUGCGUGUGUUUGUGUGAUACUCUCUCCAUACUCUUCUUCCCCGUGGUGUUGGCUUGUGAUAGGCUCAAAUUCCUGUAGGAAGAAACUUGCCAUCGGUGUCACUCUGUCAGUGUAUUGAGAUCUUCUGGCCUUGUCUCGCGAAAGGCAAUUGCUACCGAUUAGCAAGGAAUAAACAGCAGUCAGCGAAAGCAUCUCGCUCUGGCACGCACUCCAUUAAUAUUCGGGUGAAUGAGGUUUUAGUUUUUGGGUUACUUCAAGUGGAUCAAAUUUUAAACAGGAUAAAAAUUGUGUUAUCGAAUAAGUGUAUCGUUGGAAGUUUCACAAAGUGAAAUAUCUUUGCCGCGCUGUAUUCUUUCUUCUGGAUUGAUUCAGUGCCCAGCCAAUCAACUUGACAACGAUUUCUUAAAAAAAAAUCUGCUUCCUCAGAUUCUCGCGCAGCGGUAGUUAGGAAAACAUCGGCCAAAAUUUCACCAUCACAAUCACUGGCAGCGAAAAAAAUACCUGAUAACCAGUAUAAACAGUCGCCCCAGCACCACAGCGCUUGUAUUGUCCCAGUUGGUCUCAGCAACGGUUAACGUCGUGCCGGUUUAGUGGUCUAAUAUCUCUAAUAUCAUGUCAGCGAAGGCAAUACGCGAAGCAACCGGAAAGGACAUCAUCAACCGACACUUGCCGGGAAGUGAUCAUGGAGCGGCCCAGUGUCGGUUUGCCGCCGUCAACGAAACCACCAAGUGGGCCCAGCUGGUGGCCGAAAAUCCCUGGUUGGAGACCACCCCUCUUGUUGUCAAGCCGGAUCAGCUCAUCAAACGGCGCGGCAAACUAGGACUGAUUGCCGUCAACAAAAACUUCACCCAGGUUAAACAAUGGGUUGACGAGCGGAUGAACAAAAACCAGAAGGUUGGCAACGCCACCGGAAAGCUGCGAACCUUUAUCAUCGAACCGUUCAUACCACACAAAGAUAAUGAGGAAGCGUACGUUUGCAUAUAUUCGCAUCGUAACGCGGAUACUAUUCUGUUCUACCAUCAAGGCGGGGUAGACAUUGGAGAUGUCGACUCAAAAGCCCUGAAACUAGACGUACCUGUUGGACAAGAUGUCACCCAAGCGGACAUCGAAAAGGUUUUACUGAAGGAGGUGUCGGCUGCCAAGAAAAAGAGAAUCGCUAGCUUCGUAUACAAUUUGUACAAACUAUACGUCGAACUGUACUUCACCUAUCUAGAAAUCAACCCACUAGUGGUUACGGACAGUUCAAUCUACAUUCUGGAUUUGGCAGCGAAAGUGGACGCAACUGCAGAUUUCAUUUGCCGUCCAAAGUGGGGAGAAAUCGAUUAUCCACCGCCAUUCGGACGUGAUGCCUAUCCGGAGGAAGCCUACAUUGCGGACUUGGACGCCAAGAGCGGUGCGUCGCUUAAGUUGACCAUUCUGAACCGCAACGGGCGAAUAUGGACGAUGGUGGCCGGAGGAGGAGCCAGUGUUAUCUACUCCGAUACUAUCUGUGAUUUGGGUGGUGCCACAGAGCUGGCCAACUAUGGCGAGUAUAGUGGAGCUCCGUCCGAGCAACAAACCUACGAGUACGCAAAGACCAUCCUGAGCUUGAUGACCACUAGUCCUAAGCAUCCACAGGGCAAGGUCCUCAUCACAGGAGGUGGUAUUGCUAAUUUCACCAACGUAGCAGCAACCUUCAGCGGUAUCAUAACUGCUCUGCGGGAAUUCCAGCAACGGUUGAUUGAGCACAACAUUUCGAUCUUUGUUCGGCGUGCUGGUCCUAACUACCAGGAAGGUUUGCGGAAGAUGCGCGAAAUCGGAAGUACUCUUGGAAUCCCGCUUUACGUAUUCGGUCCGGAAACCCACAUGACCGCGAUUUGCGGAAUGGCCCUUGGAAAGAAGGCCAUCCCAAAGAGCUGUAAUGUCCACUUCGCAACUGCUAACUUCCUGUUGCCAGGCGGUCAACAAGCUGCUGAUGCCGUCAAGAAGUCUUCGACUGGCUCUGGCGAUGCGGUCAACGGAGCCUCAUCUUCAUCAUCACCGACCACCACACCGGCCCAGCCUGAUUCGGCCAACACCGUCGGAACUCCUGUUAUUGACAAUGGCAACCUAAUCGGCGGAACAGCCGUUCGAUACGCUCAGGCAACCAUCGGAAGUGGAGAGUACAAGCGCAUGUUUAGCAACCGCACAAAGGCUCUGGUUUGGGGUAUGCAAACGCGUGCCGUACAGUCGAUGUUGGAUUUUGAUUUCAUUUGCCGCCGAGAUGAGCCUUCUGUCGUGGCCAUGGUGUACCCGUUCACUGGAUAUCAUAAGCAAAAGUUCUACUGGGGCCACAAGGAGGUGCUAAUUCCAGUUUACUCAAAAAUGUCCGAUGCCAUUACCAAGCAUAGCGAAGCUGACGUUUUGGUUAAUUUUGCAUCGCUUCGGUCUGCCUACGAUAGUUCGAUGGAAGUACUAGAUUAUCCGCAGAUUCGCACUAUUGCGAUCAUUGCCGAAGGCAUUCCGGAAAAUCUCACCCGCAAGCUGAACCAGGCCGCGCGGGCUAAGAAUGUUUCCAUCAUUGGUCCCGCAACAGUCGGCGGUGUCAAGCCCGGUUGCUUCAAGAUUGGUAAUACCGGCGGUAUGUUGGAUAACAUUUUGCACUCGAAGCUGUAUCGACCGGGGAGUGUGGCGUACGUUUCUCGUUCCGGAGGUAUGAGUAACGAGUUGAAUAAUAUCAUUGCCCUAACGACUGAUGGUGUGUUCGAGGGCGUUGCUAUUGGUGGUGAUCGUUACCCGGGAACUACCUUCAUGGAUCACAUUUUGCGUUACCAGGCUGAUCCAGAUGCCAAGAUGAUUGUAUUGCUUGGUGAGGUUGGUGGAGUUGAAGAAUAUGAAGUGUGUGAGGCAUUGAAAGAUGGUCGUAUUACCAAACCCUUGGUGGCUUGGUGUAUCGGAACUUGCGCCGGAAUGUUUACAUCAGAGGUACAGUUUGGACACGCAGGUUCGUGUGCUAACUCAGAUCGUGAAACUGCUACUGCCAAGAAUAAGGCACUGGCUGCUGCUGGAGCUCAUGUCCCAGACUCUUUUGACAGUCUAGGAGAAUUGGUGGGACAAGUGUACACCAAACUCGUUUCCAGUGGAAUCAUUGUCCCUGCAGAAGAGGUUCCACCUCCCACCGUUCCAAUGGAUUAUUCGUGGGCUCGCGAAUUAGGAUUGAUCCGCAAACCAGCGUCCUUCAUGACAUCGAUCUGUGAUGAACGAGGACAAGAACUGCUAUACGCUGGAAUGCCCAUCAGUGAUGUUCUACAGAAAAAUGUCGGUAUCGGGGGCGUUGUAUCACUACUCUGGUUCCAACGUUGCCUGCCUCCGUACGUGUGCAAAUUCUUCGAGAUGUGUCUAAUGGUCACGGCCGAUCACGGUCCAGCCGUUUCCGGUGCUCAUAACACGAUUGUUUGUGCACGCGCUGGCAAAGAUUUGGUUUCAUCGGUCGUUAGCGGUCUACUUACCAUUGGUGAUAGAUUUGGUGGCGCCUUGGACGGAGCUGCCAAACAAUUUUCCGAAGCUUAUGACUCCAACCUGCACCCAAUGGAAUUCGUCAAUUCCAUGAGAAAGAAGGGUCAGCUAAUCAUGGGCAUUGGUCACCGUGUGAAAUCCAUUAACAAUCCGGAUAUUCGAGUGAAGAUCAUCAAAGAAUUUGUCAUGGAAAACUUCCCAGCUAAGCCGCUGCUCGAGUACGCCCUAGAGGUGGAAAAGAUCACCACCAGCAAGAAGCCUAAUCUAAUUUUGAAUGUGGAUGGUGUCAUUGCAACAUCGUUCGUCGAUAUGCUUCGAAACUGUGGUUCGUUUACGAGUGAAGAAGCUCAAGAGUACAUUAACAUCGGUGCAAUCAACUCGUUGUUUGUUCUGGGUCGCAGCAUCGGAUUCAUUGGGCAUUUCAUGGACCAAAAGCGUCUGAAGCAGGGUCUGUAUCGUCACCCAUGGGAUGAUAUCUCGUACGUGUUACCGGAGCAGUACAAUUAAGGUCACUGAUCGAUAACCAAACGACCCAGGGCUCAACCUGACCAGACACAAUCGCGCAAAUGCAUUAAGAAAAAGAGAUAUCUGUUGAACCUUUCGAGACGCUAAAUACGUUGUUCAAAUUUGAUCCGAUUCCCACAUAGCACUGGGAACCCUUGAUUAACAGAAUCUCUAAUAAUUUUUAGCUGUUAGACCUUGAGAGAAGAUACAAACUUCUCAAGCUAUAAACAAAUACGAAAAGGUACAUCCGAUUCAUUCCAUUUGUUAAAACGCCUCUGCACGAGUAAUUUUUCCAAUACGCUCCUGACACCCCGUUAAGAAAUGAUUAAGAGCAUUAACUCAUGUUUAAAACUUGAUAAGUAAUGCAUUUAAAAAACCGCUAUGAGAGAAUCUAAAAUCUGACCGUUUCCUCGGCUACCGAAAGUGGAACCUCAAUCAAAUUGUAUCUCCACGGUCACCGGUAGUUUUCUGCCACCAACCUGAACAUUGAUCCGUCAAAAUAUGACGAUUGCGGAUUUCAUAGAAACCUGUUAACGAAAAUCGUCAUACAAAAAAAAAAAUGAGCAUGCAAAUAAGAUGACAAAAAAAUAACAAUGAUAAUGAAACUUAUUUAAUGCGAAAUCAACUUUAAAUUAUUUUCUCCUUACACCGUAAGAUUGUCGUUAUUAUUUAGGAUGAACAGCGGAAAGGCGACUUUUCAAGCACUGUGUUGGCGUUCUAUAUAUUGUGGUUUAUUGGCAAGUAAGCAAAAGAGAAAUAAUCUAAAUUAGGAAAAUUAACGGAAAGGAGACCAUUGAUAGAACGACCGAUUAUUGAAACAUUAAUAGCAGGGAAUUCAGUGUGAGAGGUUUUCCAAUAUAUAUAUAUGAUGUAUUUUUUUUCUCAUACAACAACCCUUUCUAAAUAUUAAGUUAUAAUUGAUUUUCUUUUUGUUUGUUCGAUUUAUGUGGUUUUUUCGCUCUCAUAAAUAUCGUUCAUGAUUUGAACAUGUUGAUUUCAGUUGUGUCUCAUAUAGGUAACAUCAUUUUAGUAACCCUGGAACUAUUGUAUACAAAACAUUCAUUAAGAUUUGGCAGAAUUCGUCUUCAGAUAUAAUUUGUGUUGUAAGUCAAUCAUUAUUUUUUACAGUUUUAUUGUAAUAAACUGAUGAAUGCUUCUUUAGUUAUUGUUUGAUUUUAUUUAAAACUUGUUUCGAAAUUUUUCAUUCUGAGCAAUGCUACCACUCACUAAACAUUCUAUAAAAGGAAGUUUAAAUUGUUAGUAGGAGGAAUUGUCUGUUUUCGGUAAAUGCACAAUGGCAACAUGCUGAAUAUUUUAUCAAAUACUAACCAUGCACUCAAAACAUGUUGAAAACAGAUUAAUCUCUUACACAUAGACGCAUGGAUGUUGAAAAUUCGCACAACUAUUGAAGAACUGCACCAGCUAGAUAAGCUAUAUGAGGGCUCUCAACGUAAAACAAAAAAUAUCAUAGAAAGUGCACUGAAAAUAUUACUAAAAAUAGCUCACACAGCGAUUAUCUGCACAACCCCGCAACCACACCUCUAUGUGUAAAACGAAUGCCUUCGGAAAUUAUUGAAAAAGUGAAAAGUUCUUUUGGAGAAAGUGAACCAGGGAAGUUUACAUACAUUCUUUGAACAAAACAGAGACCUAUGCUUUAAUUAAAACCUAGUAAGCUAUUA